UGGUGGAGCCCAGGUGCCGGCGGGCAGGAGGCCCCGAGGAUGUGCGGCUGGCGGCUGCUCCUGCUCUGGGGGCUGCUCCCCGGGGCAGCGGCGGGGGGCUCGGGCCGAACCUACCCGCACCGCACCCUGCUCGACUCGGACGGCAAAUAUUGGCUGGGCUGGGGCCAGCGGGGCAGCCGGCUCGCCUUCCGCCUCGAGGUGCGCACCGCCGGCUACGUGGGCUUGGGCUUCUCGCCCACCGGGACCAUGGCUGCGGCGGACAUCGUAGUGGGCGGCGUGGCCCAUGGGCAGCCGUACUUGCAGGAUUAUUUUACAAGUGCAAAUAAAGAGCUGAAAAAAGAUCCUCAACAAGAUUAUCACCUGGAAUAUGCUAUGGAAAAUAGUACACACACAAUAAUUGAAUUUAGCAGAGAACUGCAUACUUGUGACAUAAAUGAUAAGAGUAUAACGGAUAGCACUGUGAGAGUGAUCUGGGCCUACCAUCAUGAAGAUGUGGAAGGAGCUGGACCCAAGUACCAUGACUCCAAUCGGGGUACCAAGAGUCUUCGGUUAUUGAAUCCUGAGAAAACCAGUGUGUUGUCUACAGCCUCCCCAUACUUUGACCUGGUGAAUCAAGACGUCCCCAUCCCAAACAAAGGUACGACAUAUUGGUGUCAAAUGUUUAAGAUUCCUGUGUUCCAGGAAAAGCAUCACAUAAUAAAGGUGGAGCCAGUGAUACAGAGAGGACAUGAGAGUCUGGUCCACCACAUCCUGCUCUAUCAGUGCAGUAGCAGCUUCAAUGACAGUGUCCUGGACUACGGUCAUGAGUGUUACCACCCAAACAUGCCCGAUGCCUUCCUCACUUGCGAGACUGUGAUUUUUGCCUGGGCCAUUGGUGGAGAGGGUUUUUCCUAUCCACCUCACGUGGGAUUAUCCCUUGGCACUCCGUUAGAUCCACAUUAUGUGCUCCUAGAAGUCCAUUAUGACAAUCCAACUCAUAAGAAAGGCUUAAUAGAUAAUUCUGGACUGCGGUUAUUUCAUACAACGGAUAUAAGGAAAUAUGAUGCUGGAGUGAUCGAGGCUGGCCUCUGGGUGAGCCUCUUCCAUACCAUUCCUCCAGGGAUGCCAGAAUUCCGGUCCGAGGGUCAUUGCACACUGGAAUGCCUGGAAGAGGCUCUGGAAGCUGAAAAGCCAAGUGGAAUCCACGUGUUUGCUGUUCUUCUCCAUGCUCACCUGGCUGGCAGGGGCAUCAGACUACGUCAUUUUCGCAAAGGGGAUGAAAUGAAAUUACUUGCUUAUGACGAUGAUUUCGACUUCAAUUUCCAGGAGUUCCAGUAUCUAAAGGAAGAACAAACAAUCUUACCAGGAGAUAACCUAAUCACCGAAUGUCGCUACAACACAAAGGAUAGAGCUGGGAUGACCUGGGGAGGACUAAGCACAAGAAAUGAAAUGUGUCUCUCGUACCUUCUUUAUUACCCAAGAAUUAACCUUACUCGAUGUGCAAGUAUUCCAGACAUUAUGGAGCAGCUGCAGUUCAUUGGUGUUAAGGAGAUCUACAGACCAGUCACGACUUGGCCUUUCAUCAUCAAAAGUCCCAAGCAGUACAAAAAUCUUUCUUUCAUGGAUGCAAUGAAUAAGUUUAAAUGGACUAAAAAGGAAGGUCUUGCAUUCAACAAGCUUGUUCUUAGGCUGCCAGUGAACGUGAGAUGUUCCAAGACAGACAAUGCAGAGUGGUCGAUUCAAGGAAUGACAGCAUUGCCUCCAGAUAUAGAGAGACCGUAUAAAGCUGAGCCUUUGGUGUGUGAAACUUCAUCGUCCUCUUCCCUGAACAAAAAUGUGUUUCUCAAGUUGUUCCUGUGCUUUAUGUCACUCAGCAGCACGCUGGGUGCCAAGUCCUUGUGAUGCUAAUUCUGUUGCAGUUGGUGAUGAUGUUUUCUGUGAUCUGAACCUAUUGUUUAAAGUACAGAGUAAAGACUGUGUCCACUCUGGGCAUGAAGAGGUGGACACAAAAGGUGUGGAAACUUUUCCUCACGCACUCGCCGCCGCUGCCAUCCCCUCCCCACACUCCCUUCCUGGUAUAUCUGAGAGAUGUCGGUCAUGUUUCUUCCUACAAAAUGCCUGAUGUUAUGUACAGUUGUCCAAAUAAAUCAAAACCAGCCUUAACAUGACCUUUAAAAACACAUUGGAACUGUUAAGCAGAAAUAAAAGCGUUGUUUAAUUCCUUCCUUAGCCCUUGUUAAAUACUCAUUGCUGCAAUUUCAUUUUUUAAUAUGACUUCUAUGUUUCUUUUAAAAAUGCUUUCACCUUUAAAAAAUAUGAAAAGUACCAGGCUCCAUUCCAGUUGUCUCCUUCAUUAUUGUUUUUUGAGUGUGACCUUCCAAGUGUCACUAUGGUCCUUGUUGCCUUUUACAUGACCCAGUUCUGAGAAUUACUCAUGGACUCCUUGGCUCAGGGCUUUUUAAUGAUGCCCACUCUAAUCUCCUGUUUAUUUGAGUCCAUUGCCACUCUCAAAUCAUCUCAAGUUCAGAGUAAUUCCUUAGUCCUUCCCUGCUUAGAUCUUCCUGGUUGAGUUCUGCCACUCACUAAAAAGAAAGAAGCUAAGGGAAAUACAAACAUAGUGUGCAACGGAUUGUACACAGAGGAGAAAAUGGUGUUGGCUGCAAACCCAGUGCUGUGCGGGAUCCCUGAUGAGGUGCCAAGCUAAGUUCAGAAAGUGUAAGCCAGUGAAGAAGGGGUCGGAUCUGGGUGGUUCUUCAGUGACUGUGUAGGGUGUUUCACACAUUGGCUCCGGAUGAGUCAUGGUUGAUAUUCUAAAUCUAUCUUCUUAGUUUAUAAAUGAACUUUCCACAUAAAAUUGUCACCAAUUCAAAAUCUUCUCACUCUUUUUGUUCUCUUUGUGUAGGUCAGCCAAAUCUUAUUUUUGUCCUGUUUGCCUUUCUUAGUCUAAAUCCAUUUGGAUCACAUUAAUAAACUAAAUGAAUUUUAAGUUUUGUGUCGUAUCAUACACAGUCCUCGAGAGAAACAUGACUCUGUGCUUGUGUUGCCAGUAAAAAUAGAAUAUUGCAUUUUCUACUCCAUUUUUAAUCUUUCUAUUCUGCAAACAAUGUCCCCGACACAAACUAUAUCAUCAUUUAAAUAAAUAUGUUUUUGGAGUGUUUUCUUCUUGAUUCUUAGAUUUUGUGAACUUGAUGACAUGUUUGAAUAAUUUAUGAGGUGUAUUUUAGAGUUUACUUCUUUUCACUGUGUAAAGUAUGAUAUAAAAUUCUAUGAUUUCUGUUUUCAAAUAUUUGAGCAAUAUGAUAAUCCCAGAUGCUCUCUAUUUGAAAUUUCAUGUUUAUUUUUGCUUUGGAAUUUUCUGAAUGUGAUGUGUCAAAGUCAAAUUAUUUCCCUUGGAGUUGACAUAAUAGAUAUUUGUUUUCGUUGUUCUUGGUAUGGACAGUGAACACAGCCGCAAGGAAAGGAUGAAAAUUGCAUCUGUGGGGCCAACCCAGGGACUCUGUUUUUCCACUGAUACUACUUAAGAAAGCUAACAUUCUUCCUCUCCUAGGAUUCUUGUGAAUACAUAUGCCUUUUAAGAAUUGGUGUCUAACUUGAAAUUAGGAAAAGUUAUUUGUUGAAAAUUCUGUAGAAUUCCAAGUAUCUCCUAAAUUAUUUCCUCUUAUAUUGAGCAGACUUUUCAAAUAAACUCAGGCAUUUUAUUUCUCCUUUCUUUUAGAGGCCUUUAUUGCUGUUCUGGGUCCAGGCAAAUCAUCUGCUCCCUAGGCUCUCAGGCAGGAGUGGUUGAGCUCUGAGCAAGAAUAUAAUCUCCAUACACCAUAGUCUCUGGUUUGACCUGUCACUGCAGAGACAAUGGAGAAUACACCAAUAUAUUUAGGCCCUUGAAAUUCAUUUUUUUUUUUUCUGAUUGAGGUUAAGGCAAGAUCUAAAGCAUCCUAAAUGUGAUGAGAGUGAUCCAGUCAACAGAAACAGAAAUAUUAAGAGCUUUCAACUUUAUCUUAAUGACUACAGAGGACAUUUGGAAACAGUAUAGAUUGCACUAUAAAAUUGGCUUAAAUAAACGCUUAUAAUUGGACUUCAAGGACUAUAAUCUCAAUGAGGUAAAUAUUGAUGACUAACAUUCUUAUAAUGGAAACUUUCUCAUGUCUCUAAGUGUUUCCUUGUAAUUAAGUUACUAUAAGUGGAACUACAGAAAUAAUUAUGCAUAUUUUA